UUGUUUCGCUACAACAACAGUGCAAAGGUUGACCCUGUAAAGAUAUUUUCAUAUCAAUAAACUGUUCAUUCAUUAAUCAUUAAUCUAACUCCUCGUGUGCCAUGCCAUUAUAUUAAAUAAGAUCUCACAAUUUGGAACACCCUGUUCUCGGAAAGACUCGCACAGGAAAGGAUAAUCCACACUCAGGUUUGAGUUUAUUUACACCAGUAUAUACAGUAUAUAUAUAUUUAUACAUUUAAAUAUUAAGCAUAGGUGAACACUGAGCGCGUUUAUAUAUACAUCAAUAUUCAGAACAUUUCCACAUUUGUUUGAUUUGAUUUUUCCGAAUUAUUGGUCUAUUUUUUAUGAAGUAGUUAGGAAGCAACUCAUGUCGUUUCCAUAUUCUAUUUACGGCAUAAACUCUUGAAUAUGAGGUAGCAUAUUGUGAUAUUUAGAUCAUGUUCUGACUUGCUCUUGUCUAUAAAUUACCACUUGGUAUACGCAGUGUCUGGGAGUUCUAUUGAGUGCUUUUUUUAUUCCUCAUGCCGUGCAUGGAACAAUCUGCUGCCUGGCUAAUGGCAGUGCUAAACAUUACAUCUCCCUUCAACGAAAAAUGUCAACAUAUAUGUAAAAAGGCACAUAACCGUACAAUACUAUGUCGUGGUGACAGUUUAACACGGUGUGGGCUAGAAGGUUUUUUUUUUGUUCAUGCGUGGAGAGCACAACAAUGUCCCCUUGCAUUUUUUACCCAUGUGAACACAUUUAUAGAAACAAAUGACUUGAAUAAUCAAUUAAAACUAACAUACACCCGAAUCUCUUACACCCGUAUAGGACUGCAUAUAGCUCCUUUUCUAUUUUAGCGUAGUUCUGCUCCGUGCUGUUAAGCAGCUUGGAUGUGUAUGCAACUGGUCUGCCUUCUUGCAUGAUAGUUGCGCCCAAGCCUUUUUUCGACAUGUCAACCUGGAGCGCCACUUCCUUUUCAGGAAUCGAGAUAGGCUAGCACUGGCCUAUCCAGCUGUGAUAGCCUAUUUCAUCUGCUGAAAUGCUCUCUCGUGUGCUGUGUCCCAUUUGAACUCUGUUUCUUGUCUUAACAGGAGUCUGAGUGGUGAACUCACUUCGGCCAGAUUGGGAGCAUGUGUUGCUUUGGAAUAUUGAUUUGGAGUUCGCCAGUGCUGUACUGGUACCCAGCUCAGGACUCAAAGAAGCUUGGUUUGUGGGUGCGUGACUGAUUUCAAGAUGGCCCCUCUAAGAUGCACUCAAAAGUGCCUCUGGCUGGUGCCGGCUGUUCUUGUACUGUGCUGGUUUUGGAUUCAGGACUGGAGAGUUGACUCGAGUAGGCUCAAGAGUGAAACAGUUCAGCCGCAGUGGAGGAACGCCACGAACAGCGAGGCACUCAGGAGGAAUUUGAAAUGCAGACUCUCUGAGUGGUGUGAUGCAGAGACGCUGUUUGCAGUGACACAGCACAAUGCUCCUCUUGGCUCCGUGCUUCGGUUCGAUUUGGACAGGUCCACCUCACACACUGUCGACGCACACAGCUUUUCGCUGUUUGUGAAGGAGCCUCCCGUGCCACCUCAUCUGAGCUCCUGUGCAGUGGUUGGGAAUGGGGGCAUCCUGAAGAACAGUGGCUGUGGCCAAGAGAUCGACCAAGCCCAGCUCAUCAUCAGGUGCAAUCUUCCUCCCUUGACUACAGAUUCUGGCAAAAGGACACACAUUGUGAUAGUGAACCCAAGCAUCAUAGAAAAAAGGUUUAAGGAUCGGAAGGGUGCCAAGCUAUUGGAGAGCUUGAGUGUGUAUAACAGAAGCUUCAUCUACAUGCCGGCCUUCUCUUCAAGAACCGGCAUAAAGCCAUCCUUUUGGGCUGCUCAAACAGUUGCUGAUGCUUCAGCCAAUCAGACAGUCCUGUUCGCCCACCCGGAGUUCCUGCGGCGUGUCAGUGCCUUCUGGGCGGCCCGGGGAGUCCGUGUUGGGCGUCUCUCCAGCGGCCUCUUCAUGCUGACACUCGCCCUCUCCCUCUGCGACCAGGUGGACGUCUACGGCUUCUGGCCCUUUCCACACGGACCAGACAACAAGACACUCUCUCAGCAUUACUAUGACAACGUACCUCCCAACAGCUACCACACGAUGACGCAGGAGUUUAAGCUGUUGACGCAGCUGCGCGACAGUGGAGUCAUACGACUGCAGCUGGGAAACUGUGUAGGUGCUGAACAUGAACCGAGGCAUUGA